GGGAGGAGGAGAUGUGAUCGGAGGAGCCAGUUUUGGUGGGGGGGGUGGUCGCGUCGAAGAUGCGUCGAUUCGACGGUUUCGGAGGCGAUUUUGGUGGGAAUUUGAGGGGGACACGUAAUUGAACGAGUGGUUUUGGGGAAUCCGGGGGAUUUUUGGUGGGAUUCGGGAUUUGGGACCUUUGGGGCUUCGAUUGAGGGCGGAUUUGGUGAUAUUGGUGCGAUUUUGAUCGGAUCAGUGUGAAAAGUUUGGUUUUUUGGGGGAGAUUUGAGUAGAAAUUGUUUGAAUAGUUAGGUUGAUUUGAGAAAUUGUGAGGUAUUCCUAAGGGAAAAUGGCUAUGAUGGUGGACCCUCCAAAUGGAAUGGGGAACCAAGGUAAGCACUACUACACCAUGUGGCAAACUCUGUUUGAGAUCGAUACAAAGUAUGUGCCCAUCAAACCCAUAGGGAGGGGAGCUUAUGGUAUCGUGUGCUCAUCCAUAAACCGCGAGACAAAUGAGAAAGUUGCUAUUAAGAAGAUCCACAAUGCUUUUGAUAACCGUGUGGAUGCGCUGAGAACACUGCGUGAAUUAAAGCUUCUUCGGCAUGUGCGGCAUGAUAAUGUUAUUGCUUUGAAGGACAUCAUGAUGCCGCCACAUAGGAGAAGUUUCAAGGAUGUCUACUUGGUUUAUGAACUAAUGGAUACUGAUCUUCACCAGAUUAUCAAGUCGUCUCAGGCACUCUCCAACGACCACUGUCAAUAUUUUCUUUUUCAGCUACUUCGAGGUCUGAAGUACCUCCACUCAGUCAACAUACUUCAUAGAGACUUGAAGCCUGGUAACCUUUUGGUCAAUGCAAACUGUGACCUCAAAAUCUGUGACUUUGGCCUUGCUCGCACGAACAACAGCAAGGCGGGCCAGUUCAUGACGGAGUAUGUUGUCACACGUUGGUACCGGGCCCCUGAGCUCCUCCUCUGCUGCGACAACUAUGGCACGUCUAUUGAUGUAUGGUCCGUGGGCUGCAUCUUUGCCGAGCUUCUAGGCCGCAAGCCAAUCUUCCCAGGUACUGAAUGCCUUAAUCAGCUCAAGCUCAUUAUCAAUGUACUCGGCACUAUUAGUGAUGCCGAUCUCGGCUUUAUUGACAAUCCGAAAGCCCGCAAAUAUAUUAAGUCUCUUCCUUACACUCCUGGCGUUCCCCUCCCUAGUCUUUAUCCGCAAGCGAAUCCGUUGGCUAUCGAUCUACUGCAGAAAAUGCUUGUUUUUGACCCGUCUAAAAGAAUUAGUGUUGAUGAGGCAUUAAGACACCCUUAUCUGUCUCCACUUUAUGAUCCCAAUGCCAACCCGCCAGCUCAGGUUCCGAUCGAUCUUGAUAUAGAUGAAGAUAUGGGAGAAGAUAUGAUCAGGGAGAUGAUUUGGAGGGAGAUGCUUUACUACCACCCAGAAGCCGCUGCAAUAAGCUCGUAA